CCCGAAGCAAAGGCUUGGGGAUUUGACUCUGCCCAGCGGAGUGCCGUAGCAGUAGGUUCGUGCUUGCUAGGUGGCUGGCUGGUUGGAACUUUGUCCCCGUUGUGCGUGUUGUAUUCAUCAAAUUUACUGUGUUUUAUCUUCACCGCCGCUUGUGCUGCUGCUGCAACGCCAAUGGAGAAGCCUUUUAAGCUUGUGCUAUCAUUCUGAACCUAUGCGGCAUUUUUGUACAGACCUCUAACCCUUGAAGAGUGCUACACCGUCAGCCAGCCAGCUUGCUUUGCUACAUCCACCCGGCCCAGACAUUCUCAGCCAAACAUGCGCUAGCUUCAGAUUUUUACCCCCCUGUUCUGCCCUACCCCCUACUUCAAGAAGGUGCGUGCGUGCGUUGCUUUUAGACAACUAGCUUGUGGGCUGCUUUCUGCUUACCUCAACUCUUUUUCUGUGUGGCUGAAACAACUACAAAAAAGCAUCAACAGUACCUACUCAAGAAAUAACUUCCCAGUAACACACUUCAAAGCUCAGCUUAGGAAAGGAAAGAAAAAAGAGAAUACGGAAACCUCAAGUCGCUACGUAGAACUGCAUCUGAAGCUUUCGGGACUGAAAGAAACAUCUUUUCCUGCGCACCCAGCUGAAAGAAAAGAAAAAAAUCGCAUUUGUACAAAGAAAUCGAUAUAAAACAAAGCAACGGCGUGUAAAAUUGAACUUUAUAUAUAUAUAUAUACGGACACAUAGAGGAAUCUAUUCUAGUAUCUAACUCCUUCCAGGAAGGAGGCGAUUGAAGUAGUGUCGUUCGAAUUUGUUAAAAGAACUGUCGAAGACGAUCGUGCUGGAACAUUUCGGGGAUACCCUGUGUGACAGUUGGUAGUCCUCAAGAAAACGGUGAUAAUUUAUGGUCCAGUGAUAAUAAUAUAUAAUUAUUAAUCUUAACAUUUUUUCUCGUUACUAGUCUUCGUUUGCCAUAUAUAUAUAUUAACAAAUAUAUAUAUAUAUUAUAAAAAGAAUCACGUUCCAAGUAAAUAUAUUAAGAAAUAUAUAAAAUAUAUUAUAUAUAUAUAUAUCGAAAGUAUAGACAUUUUUUGUGAUUGAUAUAAUCGACAGAGAAGAGACUUUAAGUGUAUAAAUUUUGUAAAGAAGCGAGUGAAAUUUUUGUAACCCGGAUCCGUGCGUGUCGUGUAGAUUUCACAAAAAGAGCGAGCCAUUGCCGCGAAGGUGGCAGCCCUAGUGCAAGCAGAUCCCACACGGCUCGCCGGCGGGCUAGCGAGCCCUCCCCUCCCCCCUCAGAUCCCCGCCAGCAACAACAUGGCCAUGGUCAACAUGAACAACCUGCUCAACGGCAAGGACUCGCGCUGGCUGCAGCUCGAGGUGUGCCGCGAGUUCCAGCGCAACAAGUGCACGCGCCCCGACACCGAGUGCAAGUUCGCGCACCCUCCGGCCAACGUCGAGGUGCAGAAUGGACGCGUCACCGCCUGCUACGACAGCAUCAAGGGGCGGUGUAACCGAGAGAAGCCUCCUUGCAAGUAUUUCCACCCACCACAGCACCUGAAGGAUCAGCUGCUGAUUAACGGUCGCAAUCACUUGGCCUUAAAGAACGCUCUGAUGCAGCAAAUGGGGCUGACGCCUCCUGGGCAGCCCAUUAUCCCAGGCCAGGUCACUGUGGUUGGCGGGAAGUUGCCGUUUGCUACCCCACUGACGCUUGGGCAGCCUUUAAUGGCCACCAGUCCAUACCUGACCGGAAUGCCUCAGGUGGGUAGCACUUUCAGUCCAUACUUCACACCGGGGCCAGUGAUGCCUGCAAUUCUGGGCCCAGAUCCUGCAUCAGUUGGCUCUCCGCUCUCAGUUGUGCCACAAACAGUUGUUGCACAACAGAAGAUGCCCCGUUCUGAUAGGCUAGAGGUCUGUCGUGAAUAUCAACGAGGGGCGUGCAAACGUGCUGAAAGUGAGUGCCGCUUUGCGCAUCCCCCCGACACCGUGACGGCCAACGAAGACGGCACUGUCACGGUCUGCAUGGACGCAGUGAAGGGGCGAUGCAACCGCGACCCUUGCCGCUAUUUCCACCCCCCUCUGCACCUCCAAGCCCAUAUCAAGGCCGCACAGUCUCGGGCCAGCCCGCCCGUUUCCGUGGCAACUGUUGGCGGCGUGGAAGUGGGGAAGAAACGCGCCCGCGACCCUAGUGAUGACAUACUACUGAUGGAUAUGAAGACUGUUGGAUCAUUCUACUACGAAAACUUUGGCUUCCCUGGAAUGGUCCCCUAUAAGCGACCAGCUGCAGAUAAAUCUGGAAUGCCUGUAUACCAGCCCAACACCACAACUUACCAGCAGCUGAUGCAGUUGCAGCAGCCAUUUGUCCCAGUGUCAUCUCUAGCCACAGUGCCCGCAAAUGCUCCUUUUGUGGUCUACACAGAUGAUCAAGGACAGUUACUGGACACCCUCCCGGUGUGCCAAGAUUUUAACCGACAACUGUGUAAUCGGCCUGCCUGCAGAUUUGUUCAUCUUCAGGAAGGUCACGUGGAGGUUGUGGACAUGAAAGUUACUGUUUGCCGGGAUGCAGUGAAGGGGAAAUGUGUUCGCCCACUGUGUAAAUAUUAUCACAUCCCUAUUCCACUGCCCCCGGCUAAUGAGAUGGUGCAACUGGAGGAUCAAGGACAUACAACUACAUCUGAUAAUGUCCUUCCAUCAAAUCGCAUACUUUCUCAACAAGUAUUUGCGUUUAAUUCCUAGUUUACACUAAUAUGAUGAUAUUUGUUACAUGAUUUGUAGAGUGUUUUGUUUACUUAUCAAAGAAAUCAACUUGUUUAUUACAAUGUUUAUAUCAUUAUAAUUAUUGUAACAAUUAUAAAGUCAUAAAAUGACAAAGAAUAUCUUGAUGCAUAACGUUAAUUUUGCAUUAUAUAGUUCUAACAUGACAGGUUGCCGAGGCAUUGUGAAUGUGGAGUGUGCAGAUACACAGUGGGCAGCCGAUGGAAGAGGCCUGUCCUUCUGUAGGAGCGCUCAAGUCCACAAGAUACACUGAGAGGGAAGGUUUUUAUACUCACUGUCCUAGUUUCUUUUUGUAUUACAUAAAUAAUUCCCUUCUAAAGGGGUGGUUAACGAAAAUAUUGUUUUGUAUCGUUCCCUGUAUAGAAUAGUAGUUUAACAAAUGUGCUCCUAGGUCUUGAAGUAACUAGUGGGGAAGCUUAAGGCCUGAGAGUCUCCCACUGAGUGUGAAAGUUGGACAUAAAUAUAUUAUUAUCAGUGGGAGAACAAAAGAAGAAAUGAAGGUGUAAGUGAGAUAGACGGGGAUUAUCAGCACUGGCAGGUUACAGACUGAGUCACCACAUUUCAAUUAAUCUGAAUGAAAUAUACAGAUAAAAUAUAAUUUUAUUGUUUAUUAGAUUACAAUGUAUUUGAUUGUAUGACUUGGCAGGAAACCUAAAUAAUGCAAACAUCAACAUACUGACUUUAUAAAAUGUUUUGAUAUUUAUUUGUAAUAAUUUGUGUAAGAUCUGUAUAAGUAAUUUUUCAUUAAAAUAUGAUAUAAAAGACUGUCUAAAGUCACUGCCACAGUGUUGCUUUAUUUGUCAUGUGUCUGUACUAUUCUCUAUUGUUAUAUCCUGCCAGGACAUACGUGCAGAUGAAAAGAAAAAAAAAAUCAGUCAUUGGUUCUAGUCAAAUGAGUGAUUGUAACUCAGUCUCUAACUGGUGUUCUGUCCUUAGAGGCUGUGACAAAAACAUAUUUGGAUAUUUACCUUAAAUUGUACAUAGUGCAAACAGGACCAAAGAGCCUCGCAAGAAUGAAUGUAUGUAAUCUGGAGGUCUUCUUUGCACUAAAUCUUUACUGUACUCCGUGAUAUCUCUCAGAUGAAAGAAGUGCCACAUUUUUUAAAACUGAAGUAAAUGUUCCUGUACAGCAUUUAAGAAUCAGAGUUACAUCAGGGCGAAAGAUUUUUCCUUCAUAGCAGGCUCAAUAGUGUGUUGUUUUGGUUGGAUUCUGUCGGUAAACAGUCAAGUUGCCCAAUGUCAGUGAAUUGGUAUUUGGUAUUAAAGGGCAAGAUGUUACUGUAUAUAUGUAAAAUCUUUUACAGUCACAUACCUUGUUGAAACAGAAAUGUGAUAAUGAAGUAUUUGAGAUAAUAAUAAAUUCUCUUUAGUGGAUGAAACUCUUCUGUCAUCUUGUUUUUAUAUUAAUUAUGUUGUUUGUAGUAGCCUUCAGUAUUACAAACUGAUCCUCAUCACAAAUCAUCCACAUCUUAUAAACAUAUAGGCCACAGAUCUGGUGUUGUUGUACAAGGGAAUGUUCUAUGUAUAUAUAUGUAUAUGUGCAAGAAUACACGAACUAACGUUAAUAAUGAACAAUUUUUGAGAAAUGAUUGUUGCUUUUAUUACGGAGUUAGAAGUAGUGACUAAUGAAAAUUUAGGCCAUGUUGUUGAAGUGAGUCUUUCCCUUUAAUACCAAGGUUUAGAAGAGUGAGCUUCCAAAAUUGACUGUAGUCAAGGGUCUAGGCAGCAUUUUUACUGAACAGUUCCGGCAGAGCAGGGUUAGCUUGAGUCGCUGCUUGCUAGCUUCUAGAUGUUACCAUAAUAAUGGCUUUGAUCACUUGUUUUAAUCCCAGUCACAAAUGCGUAAGAUAAAGGACACAAUGGAAAACUGAGCAUUGCUAGCUUGUUGUCCGCAGGUUGUAUUUCCCAGAUUCAGACAGUUGUUGUCGUGCACCUGGGACUCGAGAGCAUUCUGCUACUCCUUAAUUCAAACCUCACUGUGGCUUACUGGGAAACAAAGCACUUCCAUUCUUGCUACCCAUUACCUUUAAAUAAAUUCCCAUAUUCCACAUAGACACUAAACAAACAAAGUGCCACAGAUUAGAUUCCCAUGGCUCCAUUCACAGAUGUUGUAAGAUUUUUUAUCAUAUAGAGUUUAUGCUGUAGUUAUACAUUAGUAAUGUAAUAAAAUAAAAUGUAAUGUGAUAAAGGUAGAUAAUGUAUUCCCUCAGUAAUUAUUUAUGUAGGUAAGAGUACUUGUGUAUUCAUUCAAGAAUGGACAUGCUUUGUUUAAAGCAAUAUAUACCCUUGCAUUUUUACAUAGCAUGUAACCUAUUACUUGAGUGUGAAGAUGUAGUUUUAGCUUUCUUUCUGUAUGCUUAGAUCCAAUAACUGACCCAGCCACAAAUAAAAUAUUUAGUUUGGCUGCGAAAAAGCUCUCGUGGGUAUAUGUAGAUCAGAAUUCCACACAGAGCUUUAUAUGGAUUAUUCCUUGUAUAAUGCAGUGCAUGCGCGCAUUCGUUCACAUGUGUGUGUGUAGACUGCUUUUCAGGACAGAGAAUGAUUCAUUGUAAUGUUCUAGAGAUCUCAUAGCUAUUCAAAACUACACUUCCUAGGCUAUCAGUAUAUUCAGUACAUUUAGAGAUAUAUUUUAAUGUGCAUGUUGUUCCACUGGAAAGUGACAGAUGUAAUAUACAUACUUUGUGUACCAUUAUAUAGAUUAAAAAUAUAAAUUUUUAUCAUAAUUAUUUUGGCUCAUAUAUAAUAUAUAUAAAUAUAUAUAUGUUACACGUAUAAAGGAAAUUAUAAAAUAAUGUAACUGUCUUCAAUUUCCAGUGGAUUCAAAUAGAAGGGAUCUUUUCAAUGUCAUGUUAAACUUGCUCAUCAUUCAUUUACACCUCAAGAUUAAGCCUAAAAAAUGUAUCUAUUAAUUUCAUAAAUUUUAAGAUUGGACACAGUACACAUUCAGACAAACUUAAUAUCAAGCCAGUUUUCACAUAUGCAUAGCUUUUACUUGCAUGCCUUACUUUAAUUCUGAAAAGAUUCCUUUUUGUUUGAAAUACAAAAAUUUAUAAUGUCCAUUCACCACUAGGGCUCAGAAGUCCACUGUUACAAGCAUAGAUGAUACAAGCUUAGGUUAAACACAUCCUACAGAGGGGAAAGGAGGACUGUACACCAUAAUUUGUACAUACCGAAAAUGUAGAGAGUAAGUUUUCUCUUUAAUUUUGGUAAAGAUUUAGCUUUCAUCAGGCUUUUUGGCAACCCUGCAAGCAGCUUGAUUAGGUCAUGCAUUAUUUACUUUAACUAUCCCAGGCUCAGCUAACAAACACUGAAUCUAAGGAAACCAUCAUAAUGUAAAUUGUAUGUUUAUGCACUAAAAACAACAAUGAACAUGUAAAUAAUUAUAUAUGAGGCAUCAUACAAUUUCUUUAUGUUGCACCUUGGACAGUUGUAUUUGUGUUUGAACAUUACUAGCAAAAGCAUAAUUCCCCCCUUGACUAUAAGAAAUCAAGGCCUGUUUCCCACUCUUUCACUUGUCUUGUAGGCUGAUUGUCUUUGAGUCCAGUGUACUGUAUCUAGUUGAAUCUAUUUUUGAAGAUCAAAGAAGAUUUAAAACAUGGGUCACUUUUGGGAAAAGUGGAUCUCAUAUAGGAUGUGACAGUGACUCAUUAUUUUUUGAUUUCAUCCAUCAUUUUGUGAUAUUUUUAGUAUGGUUGUUAUUUAAGUAUCACUAUAAUCAUUAAUUGUACCUUGUUGUGUUAUUGUUAGAUUAUACAAUUUAUAUUACAGUAUUUAGAAAUGAGGAGAAAAUGGACAGUAAAAGAAAUAUUUUAUUUUUUGAAAUUACUCAGAUGUUCACGUAAUGUCAUUAAAAAUAGGUGAGAAGUUUGAGUGUUGACUCUCAUUCCAUACCUGAUUUUCUCCUUAUUACUGAAUAACAUGUAUAACAAUUAGGUGUUGCAAUGUGUAUAACACAUAUGCACCUAUUCUCUGUGGAAGUUAAUAUCUGCAAUGAGUGGAUAGAAUAUUGAUCACACCAAAGUUCCAAAAUGUGAUUAUUUUUUAAAAAAUGGUUAUUUAUACAAAGAAUAUGUCUUUCAAGAUAUUUUGCAUGUGAAAUAUGGAUAGACUGAACAUUUAAUUUGUUGUACUGAUUGUGCCAAAGAAUCAGCAUUGAACACUCGUGGCAUGAAGUGGGAAGUGAACUGCUUUUUUUCAUAUUAGUACAUAGAAAUAUUUGUGUGUAGUUUUCUUUAAAUAUUCUUUAAAGCAUACAGCACAUGGGCAGAAAUUAUAGGAAAAAAGGAGACACUUUCGGCAUAAUGAAUACAACAAAUGUUUCAGAUUGCUCAGAUUUAAGUAUAUUUUAAGGAAGUGGAAACUUGUGUUUGAUGACACACAACUAUUGUACUAAAUUUGUAAAUUCCUCUUAAUAUUAGAGGGGUCAUACCACAGUCUGAGGUAUAAUGCAUUCCUGCCAUAAAACACACUGGAACUCAUUUUAACAAUUUUCACAAACUUUUGACUGACCUACAUUUAACCUACAUCAAAAAUAUCUUGAAAGAAUUUUAAGUCGGUUUUUGUGAAGACAUCUCUGACCCCAUUAUACUUUUUGUUAAUGUUGAUAAUAGUAAUAGUUUCAAUUGAGAAAUGAUCAGUUUUUUCUGUGCCAAUCUUACAUUCCACAUCAAAUUAUGAUGAUAAUUGUAACAUUAUAUAUUGUUCUCAUUAUGUCUUUGUUCACUUAAAUUAAUAUUUAAUCUUUAUUGUUAUUCAUGAGUUGUCUUCACAUAUUACUGAAUAGGUAAACACAGUCUAACCCCAUGAAAUGAGGCAGAUAUUACUCCUUCAGAUGCAUGAUCGGGUAUAAACCACUUUCAUCUAAACACACAUGUAACUGUGAUGGAAGUGACAAAAGUAAAUAUAAAGUAUCCCUAUUCCCCAUUUUCUGAAUACAGUAGUUAAUAAAUAAUAAAGAGAA